AUGGGGAACAAAAGUCUAGAUGCUCACAUUUUUGAUGAAGCAAGACGUCAUGAACUUGGAUGGAUCAUACGUUUGAAAAUCAUCAUAGAGAUUUUGAGUGGCACAAGAAGUUACAGAACUUUUCCUGUUGGAAAACUUGUUGAGCAUGCCUGGAAGAUGUGGAACAAAGGGAAAGCAUUAGAGUUGUUGGAUAAAUCAAUAGGGGAUGAGUUUUCAGCAGAUAAAGCAUUAAGUUGUAUACAAAUCGGUCUUUUAUGCGUCCAAGAACGAGCAGAUGAUCGACCAACAAUGCGGUCUGUGCUAGAUAUGUUGGAAGGAGAACGUGUUACGUUGCCACUACCAAAACUACCUGGAUUUUGGUUUGAUACAGAAUCUAGAUUGAAGUAUGCUUACAUUGACUCCACGAAUGAGCCUAACAUGCUCUUGAUAGACCCAAGAGUUUUGCUGCUGGAUGAAGCUAAAAGUGCUGAAUAUGCUGAGUUACCAAAUGCUUUAUUCCUUAACGAAAGAUUUUACACCAAGUGCAUCAGCAGUUAUCGAAGCACUAAAGUUACUGAGGAGGGUGUAAGGCCCAGCUUGGACAGUGAAAAAGUCCAUAGACUUUUCAAAACUCCAGUAUGA